GCUCGUACCGGUCUCUCCUCUCGUUCUAGAUCUGGGUCACGGCUACCUCGAUCUGCCUGGUGUUCACCGUGACUCUCUCUGUCUUCCCGGCGAUCACGGCUAAAGUGGCCUCGCAUACGCGGGAGGGGAAGUGGAAAGAAUACUUCAUUCCAGUGGCCUGUUUUCUGCUGUUCAACGUCAUGGAUUGGAUCGGCAGGAGCUUUACUGCAGUCUGUAUGUGGCCCCGGCGUCCUGUCCUGCUGCUGUCCCUGGCGAUUGCCCGCGUGGUGUUUAUCCCGCUGUUCGUGUUCUGUAACGUGAGGGGGGGGCUCUACCCCGACGCCCCUUUCCUUCACGACGCCUGGUACAUGGUCUUCAUGGUGGCCUUCGCCUUCUCCAAUGGAUACCUGGCCACCCUCUGUAUGUGCUACGGCCCCAAACAAGUGUCUUCCCGUGAUGCUGAGACCGCCGGUGCAGUCAUGGCGUUCUUCCUGGCCCUUGGGUUGGCACUGGGAGCGGGUCUCUCCUUCCUCAUCAAGUUCAACGUCUGAAGCUCUCCCCCCCCCUCCCCCUCUCUCUCCCCUCCCCCUCUCUCUCCCCCUCUCUCUCCCCUCCCCCUCUCUCUCCCCUCCCCCUCUAUCCCAGGGCAAUGGACCCCAGCACAUGCCAAUUCUAUUCGCCUUGCCGUGGGUUCAGCCCAGUGCAGGGGUUUCUCCUCCUUGGUUGCUGGUUCGAUACCUGCCACCGACCUUGCUGGGGGGGGGGGGGGGGGCUGUGUUUAUUGCACGGGGCAUUUACCCCCCCCCCCCCACUUUCCCUCUCCACCUUCCUGUCCCAAAAUAACCCCAGGAGGAGAAUCCCCCC